UACUGUGUUCGCCAUCAUUUCUGAUUCGUGCUUGCUCGAGUUGCUCCCGGCGCUCCCGCUCCCGUCCGUUCAGUACGUUAUUUUGUCCGUGCGUGCGUGCGUGAGUUUGUGUGUAUGUGUGUGUAAAAGACUUGCGUCGUUCCGUUACCCGUGUGCGAUCCGAUAGAGAAGCCAUUUUGUUCCGUUCUCAAAAACUCCUCUCUUCGUUCCGGGUAUUUUUCACAGACACAUCACGCCUGCAGCCCAUUUAGCCGUCUCAACGAAUCGGUUUCUCUGUGUUCGCAGACGUCGUUGGUGUCGCGCGUACGUCGAACAACGCCAUGGCUUGCGCCACGCUGAAACGGUCGUUGGAUUUCGAACCUCCCAUGUGCAGACCGACCAAGAGACAAAGAUGCACUCCUAUGAGCAUAUCGCCCUCGAGCUCUCCCCCAAACAGCUCUAGAUCCGAAUAUGUCUCGCCCCAUUUCGGGGGCGAUGUUAUACCAAAAAUCACGGCAGAAAUGUUGUCUGCUAGUUUAACUGAAGAAGUUCAAAGGAUGCGUCGUAAACGUCAACUUAACAUGGAAUUAUCAGAGAAUCGUAAUUUGGAUGAUAGUUCUUCAGAUAGUUCAUCUGAGAAUACAUUUCCAUCAUCAGCCAAAGACAAGCCGCUCUUCACUUUUCGCCAAGUAGGAAUGAUCUGUGAACGUAUGUUAAAUGAACGGGAAAGUCAAUUACGUGAAGAAUAUGAUAAGAUUUUAAACAUGAAAUUAUCUGAACAGUAUGAAGCUUUUGUGAAGUUCUCCAAUGAUCAAUUGCACAGACGUUUUGAAGCAGCUGAGGAUCCAAGCUAUUUGUCUUAACUAUAAUACAACUCCAAGCGAUGGUUUUGAAUUUACAACAAAAUUUUAGACGCACUUAAUAGACAAAAUAAUUAUUCAGCCUUAAGUCAACAAUCGACUKACUAACAAUGUUUUUUUAUGUAUUAUACAUUUUUGUAAACUCAAUAUUAUUAAAGUAAUUUAAAAUAUAUGAAUUUC